GAAAAGUUAAAUUCUGAUUGGUUGAAAUGAAUGGCGCACUUUAAAAUAUUCGUUUAUUUAAAAGACAGUGAUCUAGACAAUCAUACAUAAAUCACUAUAUAUAGAUAUGGAUCUGGAUUUGAAUUUGGAUCUAGAUCUGGAUCUGGAUUUAGAUCUGAAUAUACAUUGUUAAUAAUAUUUUGGAUCUUGUUGAAUGUCUAUUUUAUAUGUUUAAAGAAAAUUAAUUCUGUAUCCAAAUAUAAAACAUUUAACAACAACUAAAAACAACAACAAAAAAAAAGAAAAAAAGAGAAAAAAGAAAAGAAAAAUGAAAAAAUUUUUUGAUUUUUCAUUGAUCAUUUUCUUUUUACAUUUAUUUUUAAUUAAAAAAUCAAUAGAAAAUCAAUUGAAUAAUACAACACAAAAUUUAUUACAAUUUAAUACAGAUUAUAUAAAAAUUCAUGAUCAACCAAUACGUAUGUGUGGUAAUGAAUUUUUAAAAAAUCUUAAACAUGUUUGUUCUAUACGUGGAAUUUAUACACCAAUAACUCGUUUCAAAAGAUCCUCCUUCUCCUCGUCGUCGUCGUCGUCGUCGUCUUCGUCGUCCUCGUCGUCCUCCUCUUCAUCAUCAUCACCAACAUCAGAACAAUAUUAUCAUUUAGAAAGAAUUUUACAUCGACAAAAACGUUUUGAUGAUUUAUGUACAUUAUAUACAAUUUAUGAACCAGAUCAAGUUGUAACUCAAUGCUGUUGUAUUGGUUGUAAUCGUAACUAUUUAGAACAAUUCUGUAAUCCAAAUUAAAGAAAAAAAAAUUUUAUUUUUUUUUCUUUCAAGAACAUUUUUUCUAUUCUAU